AGUUGUCUGGCAUCUAACAGAGACGGCGAGUCAAUAGUCGUUAUUUACCCUUAGUUCGUUCAGAACUGCUAGCUAAGGGUUCGAUUUUAGCAAUUCAAAAAAAGAGCCGCGUAAAGCAUAGGCCUGUCAAUUGUAGAUUGACAAACGUUGGCUGUUCUGCUGCAUUGCUUUUCGCGCCGACACCUCCCGGGCUACAACUCAUAGAGUAAACUAUACUCUGCUUCAUCCAUGCCGACAAUGGAUACCAUGGCAACGGAUCGACUCGUUCACAGACAAUAAAUAACAUUUCGCCGAACUCACGCCGGGUUACUGUCACUGCGUUGGGUCGUUUCACGCAGUAGAAAAUUGUAUUCCCUUAACGUAUAGUUACACAAUUUUAUCGAAUAAGCAAUAAAUUGUAGGCGUAUAAGUUAAUACUACAAUGUAAUAUUUUUUACCAUUGCGCAACGUACUUUGACCAGGUUUGGUGUAAAACUGUUUAAAAUUAGAUGUGGAUGGAGUGAAUACAUCCCGCAGAUUGUUUGAAGGUUGUUUUUUAGACGUUCACAGUAUGCAAACGGUGAUAAAAAACGUGCAUUUCUAAAGCUUAACUUUAUACAACAAUUACUACGUUAAAAAUAGUCUAAAGUGAUUGGCUAUUUAGUAAGUUAAGCCCAAAAUCGUCAGAUCGAUUUAAAUUAUUUUCAAUUUUUAGUGACAAUUAUAGCUUUUGCUUUCACGCGUGUUAUUUCGCAAAGCCGCUCAGAACCAUCUUUAUACCACUUUUACUGAAAUGACACUCAUUAUUUUCCCAUGGACAAGGACUACACCUCGUAACCCGGAUAAAUGGAGAAGCUUUUCGUUCGACUUUACUACUUUUGACAAGCAGAUUGAGAACAGCGCUCGAGUAACGAUGGCUGAUGAAGUAAGUGUACGAACGGUGAAAAAGACCCAGGAGCUACUCGGUGCCAUAAUCAAAAAGCCGCAACUUACGGAAAAACUACUCAAAAAACCUCCGUUCAGGUUCCUACACGACAUAGUCCACAAUGUGAUCAGAACUACAAAGGCAUUCGAGGGACUCUACCAAGCCGAGGAACUCAACUCGGAAAAUGUCAAGGAAAAAGAGGCGAAAGUAAGCUUUCUUCAAAAGAUUAUUGACGCUGUUGUGUUUGCUAGUGGCGCCUCUCUUUCAGUUAGACCAUCGAAGAUUGUUGCUGGACACGAGCCUGAGAAAACCAACGAGCUUUUACAGACCUUGGCAAAGGUUGUCCAGAAGAACAACGACACCAAAGACGCUGUUCGGCGGGUGCUCGCUGGCGAGAAACCAAACAGGGAACGUGACAACAAGGCCAAAAAUCGCGGCACCUUAAACGCCAGUGGAAGCGUCGGCAGUAUUAAAAAAGAAAAAAAAGAAAAGUUGACGAGAUCCAAGGAUAAAAGUGCCAUGGAACCUGGAAGAGAAAAAUCAAAACAUGACGACUCCAGUCGACAAUCCAGAGACAAAGAUAGCUCAAAAGUAGAUGCUGACACAAAGGAUUCGUCCACGAAAGACAAAAGUAGUAGCUCAAAAAGUAGUCGAAAGAGAUCUUCAUCUAGCCACCGCAAGAAAUCCCCUCGACCUUCAGAAGCCUCGGAUGAUCCCCUCGAGAACCAGCACGAACGGCCACUGAUGCCUGACGGACGCGCAGGUAAUAACUGCCUUAUGAGCGACAACUUAGAAGCAGAAAAAAACGAGCUCAAGAGUGAGGACAAUUCAAUCGAAAUUAAGCACGAGCCACGACCUCCCACUCUGGCAAGCGUUGGCGGCGAAUUACUGGGCGAAGGUCAUGCGGGUCGUGCAGCUGAAAACGGCGACCUUCCGGAGCCAUUAGCGAUUUCGAGCGCUAACAGUCCCAUAACUGCCGAUGAGAACGACGUACCUAAUGACGCUCCUGCGCCAACCGAGAACGAUCUGGCAGCGGCUAGAGCUCUGUUGCGUUCUGCCCGGCCGGGUACCUCUCGGCGAAGGCCACUCUCCUCUCUUCGAGGUAGUGGGGCUGAGGGCCUCGGCGAAGAACCGACCGUUCGGCCAACGACGGCGCGGGCUUUGGCCAAUGUUAUCGUCGACGCCCCCACAAAGGAAGACAAAGAGGAAGACGAUACUUUUGUACAGAUAAAUGAAGAAGAUGGCAUUAGUGAACUUCAUGACGGUGUCCCCACGGCCCCUGACGAAGCCGCUGCUGAAGAACCAGAAGGGGUGCUAGUCAAGCAGCUCCUGGAGACUAAAGAACAGUUGGACAGGGGCGGUAGUGGAUCGGGAAGCCGAAUUCAGAGUCCACUUGUCAAGGAGAGUGCAUAUUCCGCGAGGGAUUUCAAUACAAUUGAACGAAUUCGCGAGCACAUUCAAGGCGUCUCCCGAGGCGCACUUCCGAUGGGUCGUUUGUUAGACCUACUAUAUGAAGACCUCGACUCGAUGCUUACGGAACUCAGCGGCUGGAAAGAAGAACACCACCGGUGCAACAGAGAAUUUCGUCGCCAGAUGAGCCGUGCUGAAGAAGCCUUGUCGCCUCUACAGGAACAACUGGAACAGCUCGAUAAUGAGAUCGGAAAAGAGAGUGAAUCUCUUCAGCUGUUAAAGUACGACAUACAACAAGUUACCAGCAAACUUAACAAGAUACUUGACGGGUUUCUCACUAAAGUUUAAUCCUUUACGAAAACACUGAAAAAAAGCAGCUCUAACCAGAAAACAGGUCACUAAGCUGGGUCCUCGGCGUUCCACCGGGAGCGCGCGGACACCACACCCAAGAUACAACACCUACGCCCAAAUAUGAUUCGUGCUUUUGAAGAAAAAUAUAUUAAAAUUUUCAAGCAGUCCCGGUUGGUUUCGAACGGGAUCAUGUAACAGAACAAACGUUUUUGAGCCCAACGUAGCGUGUUAUAGAAAUAAUUGAAAGCGAAAAGCUUCUCUCCCUCCCUACAAUAGGAAAUUAUAGGUUUCUAAUUGAAGCGUUCGUGCACAUUUACGCGGGAGUUUUUCCAAAACGUACGUUUUUCGAUGCAGCGUAACAGAUUCGUCCAUUUUUUUCGUUUUAGGUUAAAUUUAAGGUUACGUCUGUCCUUUUUGUUGACGAUACAUUGUUUACGGUAUUGCUAUUAAAAAAGGACGACCUAGAUAGGACAGUUACGCAUUCGGAAAGUUGUUUCGGCAAACAUGGAAAAGUUAUUUGUACGCGUUUACAGUAGUUCGAAGUGAAUAAGCUGAGUGCAGUUACCGCAUAUUAGCUACUAGGUUUUCAUUGUUUACAUAAAGGUAUCGUUCAUUUCUAGAUUUAGCAUCAUGUAGGUCAUAGGCCGAAUUGGUUCUUCCGCCACAGCCUAAAGAAAUGGCGCCCAGACAGUUAUGCGGGUUAUGUUGCAAUAGUUGUACUGUAACUUAGAUCUCAAAGUGUGUCUAUCCUACUCUUUUACGGCUAUUGUUUAGGUAGGUAGGUAGGUAGGUAGGUAGGCAGUAUAGUAGAAUAAUAGUAUAGUAGUUUUAUGUAAGGUAAUUCUGAUAUCAAACUUUUGCUGUAAACUGGCUAGUUUAGGGGAUCGUAAAAUAUGAGAAAUGUAAUGAAGUUUAUGGUCUCUGGCGGUGCUUGUUUUCUACAAAGGGGUUCGCUGUUUACGUCUAUUGCAAAGCCGGUUAGCACGAAUCCACAAACAAUAGACGCUAGAAGAAAGUACGGAUCUGAUUAGGUCCUCUUCUCAUUACUGUUAAAAAUUAGCUUAACAGGCCAAUAAACAGGCAAAAGCCGAAUUAAUAAUUUGUUGUGCUAUUUUCAAGACAGACGAAUGUUUGUUGUUAAUAGUAUCGUUAUUAUCUCAAUACAGCUACAGAUUAUUAGAGUACAAUAGCAAUAAUUUCCUGAUGAUACACAACAAUUACCGUAUCGUCACAACAAUGUAAGAUGUGUAGUAGAAGAAUAUUAAUGUUAAAAAUGAAUAUGGCCUGCGCAUAGAAAUUGCGCGACAAAAAAUCCUGAAUGAGAUAUAUUCACACGUAAGCCGAAGUACUAUUGUAGUACGAAG